GCGCACAUUCCCGGUGUUUCGCCGAUUCACCGCCCAGCCGGGCUCUCGGCUGGCAUGGGCCUUGCCGCCCUGAGUAUCUUCGCGGGGUCUCUCUCCUGACAAGUUCACGCAGCCGACUUUUCCAUAGUUAUUUUGCACCUUGCAACAGUGCAUCUCCCACCUAAACACCAAGACACGAAUUUCGGACUCAUUCCCCCUCAACUCACAAAAUGGGUGGUCAAAGCAGAGAAGGCGGCAAGGCGAAGCCCCUCAAGGCCGCCAAGAAGCAGAAGCAGGAUCUCGAUGAAGAGGACAAGGCUUUCCAAGACAAGCAGCGUGCCUAUGAGAAGGCCAAGAAGGAACUCGCGGCCAAGGCCGGCGGCAAGGGCCCUCUGAACACCGGUACCCAGGGCAUCAAGAAGUCGGGCAAGAAAUAGACUCCCGCAUCGGGAAACGGGGCGUUGCGUUGCGUGGUGUUGCGGUUCUUGGGAUACAGCGCCGGGCGAUAGAUAGAUGCCGGUGUCGGAUCAGGGUUGGGAUACUUUGGGGCGCAAAGGGGCAGGGGGCAGCCUGGGCGCAGGACGACGACAUGUUUACUAGGACACGGUCUUUAUAACGAGCAUGAUGAGGAUCACGAGCCACGUUCGCUACCUGUCGUUUCUGCCUGCGAUUUUCUCUCAGAAGUACGCU